AUGAUAGCAGUACCAAUGAAUACUGCCUAUGGAUUGCACGCUGAUAAUCAAGGAAACCUUAUUGUUGCUGAUACAUAUAAUUAUCGAAUUUUAUCUUUUCCUAUGACAUGUCCUGGUACAACAACAACAACGAUGGCACCAACAUUUCAAACCACUGUCCCAGUUUGUUCUACAGCUGUUUGGAAUCAAACAUAUUCCACAUUGGUUGGAUCAUUGGGAGCAUAUGGUUCAACAGCAACAACAUUAUAUAAUCCAUCAAGCAUUGGUUUUGAUAGAUAUGGAUAUAUGUAUAUUGCUGAUAUAAGUAAUCAUAGAAUUCAACGAUAUCCACCAGGAUCAAAUAUUGGUACAACUGUAGCUGGUGUAACAAGUGCUUGGGGAAGUUCACGAGGGCAACUUUACAAUCCAUAUGGAUUACAUGUUACUGCUAAUGGGACAAUGUUUAUAUUAGAUACAUCAAAUUAUAGAGUUUUCAAAUGGCAAUUAGGGGAACCAAUGGGUUAUAUUGUUGCUGGUGGAAAUGGUAAUGGUGCAGCAUAUACUCAAAUUGGUGUGAGUUAUGCUAUGUUUGUUGAUGACCAGUAUAGUGUUUACGUAUCAGAAAGCAGUAAUAAUAGAAUAACACAAUGGUCUAUGAAUAAUGCAACUUCAGGAGCUUUGAUUGCUGGUGGAAAUGGUGCGGGUAGUACAGCGGAUAAAUUAUCUAGUCCUUAUGGAAUCUUUGUUACUAGUAAUUCUAUAUAUAUUGUUGAUCAAGGAAAUCACAGAGUGCAAAAAUGGAAUUUCGUUUCUAUUCUAGGUGCCAGUCUUGCUACAACAGUAGCCGGUUCAACAAGUGAUCCAGGUCCAUGGGCAUAUCAAUUCAAUACUCCAACAUCUAUUACAUUAGAUCCGUACAGUUAUAUUUAUGUAUUGGAUUCUAAUAAUGAUAGAGUUCAAAAAUGGUAUCCAGGUGCACUCUAUGGAACAACAGUGGCCUCAACAGCAAUGGCUUCACCAUUGGCAAUGCAAUUUGAUCCUGUUGGUAAUCUUGUUAUAUCAGAUACAGGCUAUCAUCGUACUAUAUCAUUCAAUAUAAUGUGUCCAUCUCCAACAACAACAACAACGCUACCACCAAUAGCUCAAGCGGCAACACCAGUAUGUCAAACAGCUAUAUGGAAUCAAACAUAUUCAACAUUAGCUGGAUCGAUGUCAUCAAUUGGCUCAACAUCAACAUUACUUUAUUAUCCAUUUGAUGUGGAUUUUGAUGGUUAUGGAAAUAUGUAUGUUGCUGAUUAUUAUAAUCAUAGAAUUCAAAUGUUUCCUCCAGGAUCGAAUGUUGGUACAACAGUAGCCGGUUCAUCAGGUACCCCUGGAAGUUCUCGUGCACAACUGCGUUAUGCCUCAUCAAUUUUUGUUACUCCAAGUCAAGCAAUGUAUAUUUUAGACACAAAUAAUUAUAGAAUUUUAAAAUGGCAAUUAGGAGAACCGAUUGGCUAUAUUGUUGCUGGUGGGAAUGGUAACGGUGCAGCAUUUUCUCAAAUCGGUGCAAGUUAUUCAUUAUUUGUUGACCAAAAUAAUAAUAUUUAUAUAUCUGAACAAACAAAUCAUCGUAUUUCGAAAUGGUUUAAUGGAAAUACAUCUACAGGAUUAUUAGUUGCUGGUGGAAAUGGUCAGGGAAAUACAGCAGAUAAGCUGGAUUCACCAUGGGGAAUUUAUGUUGAUGGAAAUGGAACUAUUUUGAUUGUUGAUAGAGGAAAUCAUAGAGUACAAAAAUGGGAUGCAGGUGCCAGUCUUGCUUCAACAGUAGCUGGUUCAACAAGUGAUCCAGGUCCAUGGUCAUAUCAAUUUAAUAAUCCGACAGCAAUUACAUUGGAUUCAUAUGAUUAUAUGUAUGUAUUAGAUUAUAGUAAUGAAAGAGUUCAAAAAUGGUAUCCUGGCGCAAGUUAUGGUAUAACUGUUGCAUCAGGAUCAAUGAAUUUACCAGUUGGAAUGACAUUUGAUCGUCUUGGAAAUCUUGUUGUCGCUGAUUCAAGUUAUCAUAGAAUUAUUUCUUUUAGUAUUAUGUGUCCUUCAUCGACAGCAACAACAACAGCACCGCCAAUGCUAACAACAAGUCCACUAUGUUCAACAUCUGUUUGGAAUCAAACAAUAUCAAUUAUAGCUGGUUCAACUUCAAGUGCUGGAUCAACAGCAACAUUAUUAUAUUAUCCGUUUGAUAUUGAUUUUGAUGGUUAUGCAAAUCUCUAUGUUGUUGAUCAUCAAAAUCACAGAAUUCAAAGAUUUCAACCAGGAUCUCUUACUGGUACAACUGUAGCUGGCUCGUCAGGCUCAUCUGGUAGUACACGUUCACAAUUGUAUUAUCCAACAUCAAUGAUUGUAACAAAAAAUGGAACAAUGUUUAUACUGGAUACAUCAAAUUAUAGAGUUUUAAGAUGGCAAGUUGGUGAAACAUUGGGUUAUAUUGUUGCUGGUGGAAAUGGUAAUGGUGGUGCAUUUACACAAAUUGGUGUCAGUUAUAAAUUAUUUGUCGAUGAUCAAGAUAAUGUUUAUGUCUCUGAAAAUGCUAAUCAUCGCAUUACCAAAUGGCACUCUACAAAUUCUACUACUGGAGUUUUAAUUGCUGGUGGAAAUGGUCAGGGAAAUGCAGCAGAAAAAUUGAAUUCACCAUGGGGAAUUUAUGUUGAUAAUAGUAGUGGAUUAUAUAUUGCUGAUUGUAGCAACCAUCGUGUGCAGUAUUGGACAUAUGGAGGAAGUUUUGGUACAACAGUAGCUGGUUCAACAAGUGAUCCAGGUCCAUGGUCAUAUCAACUCAGUAGUCCAACAUCAGUUACAUUGGACAUAUAUGGUUAUAUUUAUAUUAUGGACUUUAGCAAUGAAAGAAUUCAAAAAUGGUUUCCAGGUGCACCAUUUGGUGUUACUGUUGCAGCAACAAAUAUGUAUAAUCCAUAUGGUAUGACAAUGGAUCCAUUUGGAAAUCUAAUCGUAGCUGAUACAUAUUAUCAUCGUGUUAUUUCAUUUAGUCUUACGUGUCCGGCUACAACAACAACAACACCUGCACCAGCAACUCAAGCAAUUGUUCCAUUAUGUUCAACAGCUAUUUGGAAUCAAACAUCUACUACAAUAGCUGGAACAACAUCAUCAGCAGGAUCAACAUCAUCAUUACUUUAUUAUCCAUAUGAUAUAGAUUUUGAUGCUUAUGGAAAUCUGUAUAUUGUUGAUUGUUAUAAUCACAGAAUUCAAAGAUAUCCAUAUGGAGUAUUUUCUGGUACAACAGUAGCUGGUUCAUCAGGUUCAGCUGGUAGUUCACGUUCACAAUUGUAUUAUCCAACAUCAAUUAGUGUAUCACACAAUGGAACAAUGUUUAUACUGGAUACAUCAAAUUAUAGAGUUUUAAGAUGGCAAGUUGGUGACACAUUAGGUUAUAUUGUUGCUGGUGGAAAUGGUAAUGGUGGUGCAUUUACUCAAAUUGGUGCAAGUUAUGGAAUUUUUGCUGAUGAACAAUAUAAUAUUUAUAUAUCUGAACAAACAAAUCAUCGUGUUACUAAAUGGUUAAAUGGAAAUACUGGUACUGGAGUUGCCGGUGGAAAUGGGGCUGGAAAUACAGCAGAAAAACUAGAUUCACCAUGGGGACUCUAUGUUGAUUCAAAUCAAUCAAUUUAUGUUGUUGAUAGAGGAAAUCAUAGAAUACAAAAAUGGGGUGCAGGAGUCAAUGGUGGUUUAACAGUAGCUGGUUCAACAAGUGAUCCAGGUCCGUGGUCAUAUCAAUUUAAUAAUCCGACGGCAGUUACAUUGGAUCCAUAUGGUUAUAUUUAUGUACUGGAUUAUAGUAACAAUCGAGUUCAAAAAUGGUAUUCUGGUGCAAGUUAUGGUACAACUGUUUUAUCAGGAUCAAUGAAUUUACCAAUUGGAUUGAAAUUUGAUCGCCUUGGAAAUCUUGUUGUAGCUGAUACAUCUAAUCAUCGUGUUAUUUCAUACAGUGUGAUGUGUCCUGCACCAACAACAACAACAACGUUACCACCACCUCAAAGUCAAAUUCCAUUAUGUGCAACAGCAAUGUGGAAUUCAUCUUUUACAAUGGUUGCUGGUUCAACAUCAACUGCUGGGUCAAGUUCGACAUUAUUAUCUUCUCCAUAUGUUGUUAAUUUUGAUGCAUAUGGGUAUAUGUAUGUUGUUGAUUAUAAUAAUCAUAGAAUUCAAAGAUUUCAACAAGGAUCAAAUUUAGGAUCAACAGUAGCAGGUUUUAAUCCAUCAUCUGGUAGUGGACGUUCAGAAUUACAUAAUCCAUCAGCUAUAUAUGUUGACACAAGUCAAACAAUGUAUAUAUUGGAUACUUAUAAUUAUCGCGUGAUGAAAUGGCAAGUUGGAGAUUCUAUUGGAUCUAAUGUAGGACGAACAGUCGCUGGUAUAACUUCAAAUCCUGGAAGCACAUUAGGUCAACUCAAUAAUCUAUCUGCCAUCUAUGUUGAUUCAAAUGAUAAUAUGUAUAUAUUAGAUACAUCAAAUUAUCGUGUUCUUCAAUGGCAAUUAGGAAAUCAACUUGGUAAUAUAGUUGUUAAUGGUCGUGGUUCAGGUACAACAUUAGAUAAGAUAGGAGCUAGUUAUGCUAUGUUUGUUCUUAAUGAAACAUAUAUUUAUGUAUCGGAAUAUGGAAAUCAUCGAGUUACUAAAUGGACAAUAUCAAAUAAUAAUGUUGGACAAUUGGUGGCAGGUGGAGCUGGUGCUGGUAGUACACCGGAAAAGCUAAAUGGUCCAUGGGGCAUUUAUGUUGAUCAAAAUCAAAUAUUGUACGUUGCUGAUCGAUUAAAUCAUCGUGUUCAACAAUGGAUUUCUGGAUCAGCAGUUGGUAAUACGGUAGCUGGACAAAGUGCAGUAUUAGGUGCCUUGUCAUAUCAAUUUAAUAAUCCAACAUCUAUUACUUUUGAUCAAUAUGGUUAUAUGUAUGUGUUAGAUUUUGGAAAUUCGCGAGUCCAAAAAUGGUUAAUAGGAAUGACAUAUGGUGUAACAAUUAUAUCGGGAUCGAUGACAAAUCCAUAUGCAAUGCGUUGGGAUUUUUCAAAUAAUCUAUUGGUUGCUGACACUUCAUCACAUCGGAUUAUAUCAUUUAAUGUUGCAUGUCCUCCAACAACAACCACAACUUUAGCACCUCCAACAUUACCACCGAAUUUAGCAUGUCAAACAGGGGUUUAUAAUACAAGUUCGUCAAUUAUAGCGGGAGUUUCGUCAACUUCUGGAACAUCACCUAUUCAUUUAAGUAGUCCAACUGAUGUUUUCGUUGACGGAAAAUUUAAUAUUUAUGUUGCUGAUUAUGCAAAUAAUAGAAUUCAAAAAUUUCAAUUAGGCAUUUUUGCUGUAAGUACAACAGUCGCUGGCUAUACAUUGGCUGGAGGUUCAUCAUAUUCAGAUUUAUCUAAUCCAACGUCAGUGUUUGUUGAUUUGAAUGGAGCAAUGUAUAUAGCUGAUGCGAGUAAUUACAGAGUUCAGAAAUGGUUACCAAAUCAACCCUUAGGUUUUACUGUUGCUGGUGGAAGAGGAAACGGUGCUACACUUGAUAAGCUAGGUUUUGUUUAUUCAAUUUUCGUUGACGAUCAAGGAAAUAUAUAUGUUUCCGAAAAUAGUAAUCAUAGAGUUACUGUAUGGCUGCCUUAUAAUACAACUGCUGGUCAAUUGGCUGCUGGCAUAGGUGUUCUUGGAAAUUCAUCAGUUCAUUUAAACAGUCCAUGGGGUAUUCAUGUUGAUUCGAACGGUACUCUGUAUGUUGUUGAUAGAGGCAAUCAUCGAAUCCAACAAUGGAUAAAAGGUUAUACUUAUGGUAUUACUGUUGUUGGAAUAACCAGUACUUCUGGUUCGAAUUCAUCUCUUUUAAAUUCUCCUACGGCAAUAACUUUCGAUUCAAAUUAUUUUAUGUAUAUCAUGGAUGCAGGAAACAAUAGAAUACAAAGAUUUGCCCCUGGUUCAACAACUGCAGAUACUAUUGUAUCUAUGACUUUCAGUGCUCCAAGAGGUAUGCGACUCGACACGAUUGGCAAUUUAUAUAUUGUUGAGCAAAAUAAUCAUCGGGUCCUUCUUUUCCGAUGUGGUAAGUCAAUAUUUUCUUAA